UGGGAUCCCUAAAAAAAUAUGACAAUUCUAAUAAUGUGGGCGGUCUACUGAAGUGGUCUUUGCGGUCUCUGCUCUCCAGUCUCCUCUCCUCCCCUUACCUCUAUCACACCACCAAUGCGUCGAUACAAAAUAAUCCAAUUCCCUUUUCGCCAUUUGCUCUUUUAUCGUUAUCCUAAUCCCUUUCGCACGUGUAUACCUGCAAUUCCAGGCAUGAAACUUCUGAGUCCAAGCAUACCCUCCUCGUUGCUUCCAGUUCUUUGAUUCCAAAAUCGAAAUGCCUCCAGCAAAAUCAAAAGCGAACCACGACGACGCAAAGUCGGAGACGACCAGCGUCAAGGACCGAAAUGGUCACGGCUCCAACCAUCACCAAUCGAACGGAAAGCUUCGACGUGUGGCCAGUUCCAACGGUACACAAUUGCGAGAUGUGACAGCCGUCAACGGCAACUCGUCGACUGCCCCAACGCCAGCGUCACAACCCGGCCACGUUCAAGGGCUUCAAUGGCCAUCAUUUGAUCGAGAUGUCCUACACGACUACCGUCGCAAAUACCUCCUCCACACCCCGACCGCUUUUGCCAACCCAUACCACCACUGGGUGCUCUCGCGACCAGGCAUCGGCCUACGCUCGCCCACAAUGGCACGAAAACAAGAAUAUCGGCGACAGAGCAAAGAAGAGCUCACGAAAGUCGUCCGAAAACAUUUUAAUGCGCUCGGUGUACAAGAGACCGAUGUCAUCGUCGACUUCGUUCACAGGGUCAGAAAUCCGGGCGUCGUAAAAGUUAAGAGAAACAAAGAUCUACCACAUUCAUCUCCAUUACCAUAACCAUAAUUGGAUCCAUAUAUAGAUACCCCCCGAAAGCAAGGAUACCUGCACGUUUGGUUUUUGGCAUUAUUGCAUUAUUAUAGACAUUACCACAUCGCAAGACUCGCUUCGAGUCCUUUGCUUGACUCAUUUGGCUUACUCGCACUUUUUGCAUUAUCCUGGAGUUUUAGCGCUGGCCUGCGCUGGGUGGGACUCAACCGCGGAGGAACAGGGACCGACGACUAACGAAUCGAUAGGAGCACUAUGAGAUACUCUAGGGUAUAGGUAUAUACGGUCUGUUUUCGAAUUUAUAUUUUUGAUAUUGUACUAUAUAAUAGGGAUUCUUCUUAUACUAAGUAAAUACCGAAUACUCGCAUCUUAAACUGUUGUUUAUUUACUUCAACGCUUCCGCUUCGUCGAUACUUUUUAGUUAGGGGCUGCCGCUUUU